UUGAAGAUUGUUCCUCUUUAGUUUUUUUCUUUUUCUUUUCAAAGUGAGAGUAAAGCUUAUUCGUUGACAAAAAGAGAAAAAAAAGUAAAGCUUAUUCCAACAACGAGCCUCUCCCAACACAAACAAUGGCAACAAAUAAAUUUUCAUAUCUUUCAUUACUUUUGUUGAUUGUGUUUACUCCCUCUUUGCUGCCAAUUAUUUCAGGACAAAUGAUACCAUGUAUAUCGGGGAUAUGUACGGACUCAACACCAUGCAAUGUAGCUUGCAUAUCAAAAGGAUACAAAGGAGGGGUUUGUGUACGCAUGGACUUUAGCUCAACGACUGGUGCUUGCUGCUGCAAUCCUAAUUUUAAAUCUCAAGAAUCUUUCAAAUCUGAUAAUGUCCUCAUUACUAAUUAGCUUAUCAGUAGAUCU